AAAAUCAGUCAUUUCGUUCCUUCAAGGUUUGAGAUAUUGUGUUACACAUGGCUGCAAGAGGACAUAUACCAUCAUCCUUUGAGGGACGUGCUAUCCAAGCCCCAGGGAUGAUGCGUCAUGGUCCAUUUCCUGGGUUGGGCCCUGCUGCUGGCCAACGCCUUCUAGAGCCACAUCCUCCUGCAGAACUACUGGAGAACAAGGUAGCCAUUCAGGCAGCGGAGAUGGACCAGCUUGCGAGGGAUAAUCAAAGAUUGGCAGUUAGUCAUGUGGGCUUGAAGGAGGAAAUUGUUGCUGCUCAACAGGAGAUGCAGAAGCUGCAGGCACACAUUGGAAGCAUCCAAACAGAAAGUGAUAUUCAGAUUAGAGUCCUGUUGGAUAAGAUUUCAAAAAUGGAGGCAGAAGUUCGAGCCAGUGAGAGUUUAAAAACAGAUUUGCAACAGGCACAUUUGGAGGCACAAAGUCUAAUAGCAGCUAGAAAAGAGCUGAAUGCCCAGAUUCAGCAUGCAACUCAGGAAUUACAGAAAAACCUCUCUGAGGUUAAGGAACUACCAGAGAUGGAGGCUGAGCUUGAUGGUUUGAGGGAAGAACACCAGAGGCUGCGUGCCACUUUUCAAUAUGAGAAGGGCUUGAACAUUGAGCAAGUGGAGCAAAUGAAAGCAAUGGAGAAAAAUCUGAUAUCUGUGGCAAGAGAAGUGGAGAAGCUCCGAGCCGAGGUUUUAAAUGUAGAGAACAGAGCACGUGCUCCAAAUCCAUACGGGGGAGCGUAUGGAAUUCAAGAUCCAUCACAUCUGCACACUUUUCAAGGUGAUAGUCUCUAUAUGGAUGGUUAUGGAAGACAUCAGGUUCAGAUGGGUGGGAGAGCAGAUGGAACACAUAUUUAUGGCAGUAAUGGUAGUGGUAGUGGUGGUGGUGGUGUUACUUCUGUUGGUGGUACAAACGUUGGUUCUGCUGUUGCUGGUGGUGGUGCAGGUACUCCAGCUAGCAAUGGUGGCAAUGGUAAUCGGGGAGGAUCAUAUGAUGCUAUGAGAGGAGCCCCCUCAGGGUCACAAAGGUAAAAAUAUAAAGGAACCUUCAUUGGGAGGCUGUUCAUAAAUUACUUCAGUUUAACCAACGCUUGUAGGGUUCAAUUGGUUCGAGUGGUCAGAAUGCCUUGUUUUGUUUAAAUUAUAAUUGAAAUAGAAAAUUUU